UUUUCACGACUUCCGAAGUAAACGGUUUGACGUUUCACCCUUUUUUUCGCGUUUCGCUUCUUAUUGUGAAAAGGACGUCAGAAGCAACGAAAACAGGAGACGAAAACUCUGCUUUUGGCCUUGCAGAAGGAUUUUACUGGCUCGUGUUCGCGUUUCGCGCUUUGAUGGGUGUGUAGACAAGUUGCAGUGUCGGAAAAUCGAGUGAAAAUGAGUGAAAAGCAAUUCGUGAACGUCGCAAACAUGGAGAGUUUCGAGAUGCUGAAGGCCCUGUACGACUUCCAGGCCGUGUACCCGAAGACAAUCAGCUUCGACGAGGGCGAGUAUUUCAUUCUGUACCAGACGAGCGCCCGGCAGAGGAAUUGGUGGCAAGUGGUCAGCAUGAAGGGAAACAUUGGAUUCGUCCCUUCCAAUUACGUAAUGAAAAUGAAGGUCGAACCAAAAUUCUUAGUGAGUUUCCUUGAUUCAAGCAUUGAAUCUCUGAAGCAAUCAAAAGACACAGACAUCAACGGCAUUAUAUCAAAAGAAGAGUUAAUUCAACGACUCAUAGAAAGAAAGGAUCUUAUAGAAGAGUCAAUCAGAGAAGCCGAAAUGGCAACAAACUGUUCUUCUGUCCCCGAAAAACCCCACAGCAAUCAUACAACCCAAAGCCCAGUUUCUAAAAGGCUUGAAUCAACGAAAAAAUCAAUGUCAAGUCCGGCAGUGGGUGCGGCCUUACCGCAGCUAGUACAAGAGAGUCCCAGCAUGGGAGUCCUGUGUACUAAGCUGAAUGAUCUGGCGCAGGAUAAUAGCAUCACAUCAGAACCUUCCGAAGCAACGACAACCACAACUACCGCUACAACUAGCGAGGACGUUGUAACCAUUUGCAAGGAAGAAUAUCAUGAGAAUGCCUUUUCAACAUCACAAAGCAAUGGGGUUGCGAACGGUGGUGAUGAGACAGUUAUCGAUGAUGAAAACAAUGCAAACGGAAGUGAACAUAAUGAGGAUGCAGACAGUCGGAAGGAUGAUGAAAGCGAACGAAAUCCUAGUUUAUCGACAUGUAAAAGUAUUUCAGUGGGAUCGGAGGACGUGUAUCAGGUGGUCGAUGCAAUAAGGCGGAAUACAAACCUGAGUUUUGAGCUAUCGUGCGAGGCAUUGCGUGUUGUUUUGUCUAGUUUUGAGCAUUUAUUUCCGAAUGCAUUAAGUCCGUAUUUGGAGGCGAUAGCAGUUCAUGUUACGGAUAAAUUAGAUAUUCCAAAGGAAUUGCUGGGUAUAACCCAUGAUGCAAAGCGAUUACAGUAUAUUUUCUCGCAAUUGGCGGAUUGUAAAAACGAUUCGCAACAGAGAACAUGGAUGUUGUAUGAGGAUGAGGAGGACAUUCUGCAAUUUUUAGAGGAAUUGGUUGAUAUUUUGAAAAAUGCAGACGAAAAGAUCUGUUGUCACGAAAUGUCCUGCGAUCAAUAUCAAAGUUUGAUAAAUUUGGUUCAAUACUAUCAAAUGGAAACUCGAUGGGAAAUCAAGCGACUUCUUCUAAAAGUUUUUACUGCUGCCUGCCAUUUGGAUCAUAUAAUUGUAGAUAUUCUUUUGACAUCUGUUUUGCCAUUGGAAAUUGUAGAGGAUAUGAAAACUAAUUCUUCGAAUUUAGAAAAGUUUAAAGAACUUGCCAAAAUGUUUACAAUUAUAUUUUCGCUUGGUCAACCGAUGCCAGUUAAUUAUAUAGAACAAUUAGGAGUCGAUUUUGUAACAUUUCUUUUGGACAUAAUUGAAGGGAAUAGUCCCGAAGUUCUAGUCGAUACGGUCAUAGCUUUAUUACUCGCAUUUAAUCUUCAAUUCAACGAUUUUACACAGAAUAUAGUUAUCGAGGCAAUGCAAAAGUUGUCGUCGGCAAAAACAUUUACCGAAAAGAUACUUUUAAUGCUGAAUCGGGAAGAGGAUCCCGUGAAAAUUCUAAGACAUUUCACUCACAACAUAAAUUCAGUUUUAAAAAUGUUCAUAGACCUAUUCAGUCUUCCGGAGACAGCUGGGCUGUUCUACUCAAACGACAACAAAGUUCUGAUUGAUAUUCUCGUGAGGCAGCUUUCUGAUUUGUCGGCAGGAGAUCCGCUUCGACGUAGCUAUCUUGAACUCUGUCGACGUAUUUUGCGGAAUACAAACUACAAAGAGCACACACAUCGCAAGCAGGAUCUUAUGAAGAUUUUCACGCGUAUAUUCUGCGAGGAAACCGAAUGUAGUGCUAGCGACCAGCAAUUGGUACGCGAUAUUGCCAAUGAAUUUCCACAGAUUUUUAAGGCUUAGUCUGCAACGAAUAGCAGCAAAUGAAAUUAAACACAUCCAACACACGACUUUUCCGAGGCAGAGAUAAUUGGCUUCAUAGUGAAUUCUUCGGUUCCGCCUUCACCGUUCAUCAUCGCUGCUUCCAAUAAAUUGCACUGCUUCCGUAAGAAGGCUCAAUUCAACGAAACUUUUUAAAUGUUUAGCUAGCAAACGGAUAUUUCAAAGGCAUUUGCCGUUAAUUAUGGAAAAAUUGCCAAUACGAAGUAUACUAAUAUUUUCCAUAAUAGCUAAAGAAUGAGAUAAACUUAGUACAAAGUAGUCAUAGAAUCUUGAUGGUGCCUCGACCCCAUUGAAGAUUUCGCAAGCACAGAAUGACAUCUGCGAAUUACUUAUCUGUUGUGGUAAUUGUGUGAGAAAAUAACGUUUUGUACUUUCAAUAUGGUAAACCUCAAUUUGCCGUUCUAGAUCUUAUGUCGUUAGCUAGACGUGUCGAGUUUGUUUUUCAGGUAUGAAGAGGAAAGUCAAAAGAAAAUGUAUUUAUUUGUUAUAUGUGAUAUUUUAUACUUAAGCACUGAACUUAUUGUUUGUACCUUGUUGAAUAUUUUUCGAUAUUUUGCUUGAGUUCAAGGAAGA